UCCUGAGCCUACCAGCGCCGGCCCCGCCGGAAGGCCUCCCCCUCCCAGAGCGCUCCGCGGUGGGUCCGGAAGCUGCGCGGCUCGCCGUGCGCAGGCGCACUGCCGCCUCCAGCCAGCGCUGGGCAGGCAGGCAGGGAGGGAGAGAGGGAGCGGCGCUCGCGCGCCUCGGGCCCGUCAGCAGCCAGCGCCGGGCCGGGCCGCGCCGCGCCGCGCCGGCCGCAGGAAUCAUGACGACCUCAGGAAAAGAGAAUUUCCGACUGAAAAGCUACAAGAACAAAUCUUUGAAUCCUGAUGAGAUGCGCCGCAGGCGGGAGGAAGAGGGUCUUCAGCUACGGAAGCAAAAAAGAGAGGAGCAGUUGUUUAAACGACGAAAUGUUGCAACAGCUGAGGAGGAAGCGGAGGAGGAAGUUAUGUCAGAUGGUGGCUUCCAUGAGGCUCAGAUGAACAACAUGGAGAUGACUUCUAGUGCUGUCAUUACGGCUGAUAUGAUUGAAAUGAUUUUCUCCAAUAGUCCAGAACAGCAGCUUUCAGCCACUCAGAAAUUCCGAAAACUUCUUUCUAAAGAACCAAAUCCCCCAAUAGACGAAGUCAUAAGCACACCAGGAGUGGUGGCAAGGUUUGUGGAGUUCCUCAAACGGAAAGAAAACUGUACAUUACAGUUUGAAGCUGCAUGGGUGUUGACAAAUAUUGCCUCGGGAAAUUCCCUUCAAACUCGAAUAGUGAUCCAAGCAGGAGCCGUCCCCAUCUUCAUAGAGCUGCUUAGUUCUGAGUUUGAAGAUGUACAGGAACAGGCAGUAUGGGCUCUUGGCAACAUUGCUGGAGACAGUACUAUGUGCAGAGACUAUGUACUGGACUGUAAUAUCCUGCCCCCUUUACUGCAAUUGCUUUCAAAACAGAACCGUCUCACCAUGACCCGAAAUGCUGUAUGGGCUCUAUCCAACCUCUGCAGAGGAAAAAAUCCUCCUCCAGAUUUUGCCAAGGUUUCACCUUGUCUCAGUGUGCUUUCCUGGCUGCUCUUUGUCAAUGAUACAGAUGUAUUAGCUGAUGCCUGCUGGGCUUUGUCCUAUUUGUCUGAUGGCCCUAAUGAUAAAAUCCAGGCUGUGAUUGAUGCAGGAGUCUGCAGAAGACUUGUGGAACUGCUAAUGCACAACGACUACAAAGUAGUAUCUCCCGCCUUACGAGCUGUUGGGAACAUAGUCACAGGAGAUGAUAUCCAGACCCAGGUAAUUCUCAACUGUUCUGCCCUGCAGAGCUUACUGCAUUUGCUAAGCAGCCCUAAAGAAUCUAUCAAAAAGGAAGCCUGCUGGACAAUAUCUAAUAUAACAGCUGGAAACAGAGCCCAGAUCCAGACAGUCAUCGAUGCCCAUAUCUUUCCAGCUCUAAUAAAUAUUUUGCAAACAGCUGAGUUUCGGACGAGGAAGGAAGCUGCCUGGGCAAUCACAAAUGCAACAUCUGGAGGCUCUGCUGAACAGAUCAAGUAUUUAGUAGAAUUGGGAUGCAUCAAACCACUCUGUGACCUCCUUACAGUAAUGGACUCAAAGAUUGUGCAAGUAGCACUGAAUGGGCUGGAGAACAUCCUGAGGCUUGGAGAGCAGGAAUCCAAAUGCAGUGGCACUGGCAUUAAUCCUUACUGCGCUCUUAUUGAGGAAGCAUAUGGCCUGGACAAGAUUGAAUUCCUCCAGAGCCAUGAGAAUCAAGAGAUUUAUCAGAAGGCCUUUGAUCUGAUUGAGCACUACUUUGGAACAGAGGAUGAAGACAGCAGCAUUGCCCCACAGGUGGAUCUUGGCCAGCAACAGUACAUCUUCCAGCAGUGUGAGGCUCCCAUGGAAGGCUUCCAGCUCUGAGGUGCCCCUGUGCUGUGAGCUCCUCUACCUAGCCAAUCCUGUUGUUGAGCCACAAGCCACCCGUGGAGUAAUUCUCUCAAUGUUUUCCAUAAUCCUGUUUGCGCUCAUUCGCUUGCCUUGUGCACAUGCUCUUACAUACGUCUGGAAAACUCUUGGCUCCGUGGCAGGAUGCCCCCUUCUUGGCAAGGGGUUGCCAGAAUCACCCUUUUUCUCUAGAUUCUGAACCUCUCCACUGUCAUCUUUGUGGAGUUGAGGCACCUUUCUAUACUUUGAGAUACUCCCUACUCCUGUUACAGGAAAAUAAUUCCUCCUCCACUAGCCCCCACACUCCCGGCAUCCAAGGUAAGGCUGCCUUUCUCACAUAUUUACUGCAGUGUGUGCCUGCAGCCCAGGGAGACAUUCAGACUUUGAGAACGUAGCUGAAUUAAUUUCCCCAUGCUUUUUUUUUUUUUUUCCUGGAUGCCUCUUUGGAUAGCUGUGUGAGAUGUGUUAAAUCUUCACAUGCAAUGCAUCUACUUUGCUAUAUGUGCCAGCUGGAGUUAUUGGCAUACAGAACGUUACAAAUAAUGGAAUGAGUUCUCUGUCCCCUGCAACAACAGGCUCCAAUGGACGUGGUUUCUGAUUCUUAAGAAUACUGAACACACCUGGUCCUUCCCCUUCUCAACACUGAGCUCUCAAGCUGGAUUGCAGACCACUGUGGAGAUUUGUACACCUUCCCAGUCUUUCUUCUCCAUCCACAAAGAAAACCCACUUGUGAAUUAAGUCACUCUUACCACACCCCCAGAAAUGACUUUCCAAACCAGCUUCUAGAAUGGAGAAACUACCCCCACUUUUUCUUGCCAGCACAGUAUGAUCUGGCCAUGCCUACCUUAAAAUCCAGCCCUUCCUGACUUCAUAUUUCAGAGUCUGGUCCUUGGUAUUAGAGUUAUGGUUGGAAAAAAUCCUAUCUGCCUCUUUACAUUUUUACAUAGCUUGACUUGAACAGAUUUCUCUUCUGAAAAAUUACACUCUGAAAACAAAAUCUUAAUUUGUAAAACUUAGCAUAAGGAGUGUUAGAUCUCCUUUGAUUUUCAUGAAAUGAGCUUCCUCUUCAACUCACACGAUAGAGUCCUCGUGGUCAAGCCCCUUAUUUAACAAAUAAAAUGACACUACAUUCAAAAGAUAGUAAUAUUACACCCAGGUCUACCUGCCCCUUUCAUUUCAUUUUUUCUUCUGCUGUUUACGGGACUUCAGGUGAAUUAGCAUGGAACAUGUGGUUCCUACAGGUGACAUCUAUAAGGCAUUGCUGACUGCAUGACAGCUGUUAUCCACAGCUGUAGACUGCUCUUCUGCUAGCAGCAUGUUCUUGGCUCCGCAAGCUGCUUGGAUCACAGACAUCUGAUGCAAAGGCCUGCCACUCCUCACUGAGUUCAGCUGACAUUGACACCAAACUCUUCACACAUCGGGAGAUGCCAUGUGAUUGAAAGUGGCAGUUCCAUUUCUGUAAAUGCAAUGGAUUCUCCAGGCUGUCUGCUCCCGCUGGCAUCGGGCUAUGUUCUUGCAAGCUGUUUGGGACGUUUGGAACACACAUUUGUCCAGUGUAAGCAUUUCAAAAAUGCCACUAACAUCUGCAGCGUCGUGUACCCGUGGUAAAUGUUAGUGGCAGAACUGUCUGCAAGAUCCUCCUUAUGACUCCUCUCAGUGACAAGCCACUGCAAAAGCAAAACCAGCCCAUUGGAUUCAGAGUUUAAAAAAAAAAAAAAAAAAGUCACUUGUCAAACUGCUGAAAGAAGCUAGGCAAAGGCCUGAACAUCAGCUCUGUGUGACCAUUAUUUAAAUACAGUCUUCAGUUCUGUCUGUGCUUCAGGAUGGAGACUCUGACCUGUGUGGCCACUGCAGAAGCCACCUGCUGCCUCCCUAGCUAAGCCAGAUGGCCUCCACCUUCCCUCUCCCAAUUAUUUUCUCUAGUGCUGCUUUGUGCUGAAGGAACAUUUAGUUUACUGCACUUGAUCUGUAAAUGGACUUUGAUUCUUUGUAAUUUUAGGGGGUUAAAUUUGGUGGUUAAUUUAAAAACAAAAAAAAAAACCCUCAAUGUUGCCUUUACAUCACAUAUAAAUAACUGUGUUUCUCUUUUCUUGAAGGGUGAUAGAAGCACUGAUUAGUAGCAAAAUCUUGUUUUAGCUUUUGGAUUUUUUUGUGCUGGAUUUUUUUACGUGUAAAUUUCCAAUAACAUGUCAUUUCUAUAAGAUUUGUUUAAAAUCAUUUACCUCUUAUUGGAUGGUAUAAAAAUGCUACAUAUUUUGUAAACAAAUCUGAGCAAAGUGUGUGUGCAUAUAUUCUGUAUAUUCAUAUAUGUAUAUUCUGUGUAUAUAUACACUUGUGUGUAUAUAUACAUAUAUAUACACACACACCUGUGUAUAUAUAUACACACAAAUAUGUAUGUGUGUAUAUAUAUACAUAUCUAUAUAUCUAUAUAUCUAUAUAUAUAUAUAAGUGUUUUCUCUUCCAGGCUAGUGAAAACAAUGUGGUGCAUUGGCGUUUCCCUCCCCUGCCCCCAAGAAAAAAAAUGACAGUUGCCUCUAAAUGAGUGAAUUAAAAAAAGAGUCCAUUUAAGCUGAAUGGUGUGCCUUCCUGUGUAAGGAGCCUAGCCAGUGUUUGUUACUUUUGCAGUGGAUAUGUGAAUUCAGAGCAGAUAAGUAUAAAUCUUUAAACUUGGUAUGUUUGUUUGAAGUGACAGGCUUGGGUUGACACAGGUAAUAAUGUUGUCAUAUAUACUUAGACUGUGUAAAGCAUUUGACUGGUACUGCAUAAUAUUUUGAUUGAAAACUAAAACAAUACAGAAGUCAACGUGGCACACAUUAAAUGGAUUAAAAUGUGGCUAA